AUGGAUCCGUCUGAAGCUAAUUGUGUUGAACCUUCUACAACAACAACAACAGUAACUCCGACAACAACAACAGUAACUCCGUCAACAACAACAGUAACUCCGACAACAACAACAGUAACUCCGACAACAACAACAGUAACUCCGUCAACAACAACAGUAACUCCGACAACAACAACAGUAACUCCGACAACAACAACAACAAUUCCAGAGGUUUGUCCUCCUCCAGGCUCAACAGAAAAAGUAUUUUUACCUCAUGAAUGUGUAUGUACGCAAUAUUACGAAUGCAUCAAUGGAAAGAAGGUUCUCCGGUAUUGUCCAAAAGAUAAGCAUUUUAAUCCUCGUCAGCAAAACUGCACCGAUCCAUCUGAAGCUGGUUGCGAAUCGACAGGCACUCCAACAGAAAGCACGACAACAACAAAGUCGACAAUAACUACAACAAAAAGCACGACAACAAAAAGCACGACAACAAAAAGCACGACAACAAAAAGCACAACAACAAAAAGCACGACAACAAAAAGCUCGACAAUAACUACAACAGAAAGCACAACUACUACAAAAAAUCCUAACCCUCGUGAAGAAUGUCCCAAGGGAUCAAAUGAGACUGCGCGGAUUUUGCAUCCAUACCAAUGUAACUUAUAUUAUGAAUGCGUGAACGGCGAAAAAUCAUUGCGAGAAUGCCCGAUCGGCAAACAUUUCGAUUAUGUGCGAGAGGUUUGCGAUUGGCCCUCCGUUGUGAACUGUAUUCGACCAGUUCCAACUUCCAAACCUGCAACUGAUUCUGAAAAUGUUGAAAAUAACAAUUUAAUACAAUCUUUCAAUGGUGAAAAUAACAAUGAACGCGAAAUCUUUAACAACCUUGAUCCAUCUACUUGCAUUGGUACCUGCCCUGAAGAGGAUCCUGAAUAUGCAGUCUUACUUCCAAACGACGAGUGUACAAACUUCUGUCUGUGCAGUAACGGUAUAGCGUAUGUAAUGUCAUGUUUUGUACCACUUUAUUUCGAUUCCGUAGAUAAAGUUUGCAAACAAAAGAAAGACGCUGUUUGCGCGGUGCGCCCAUUCAGUCAAGAUCGCACUUUCGUAAUCAAUGGAAAAAUUGACAACGACAAUUUAAUACAACUUCUCAACGACAAAAAUAACAAUGAACGCGAAAUCUUUGACAACCUUGAUCCAUCUACUUGCAUUGGUACCUGCCCUGAAGAGGACCCUGAAUAUGCAGUCUUACUUCCAAACGACGAGUGUACAAACUUCUGUCUGUGCAGUAACGGUAUAGCGUAUGUAAUGUCAUGUCCUGUACCACUUUAUUUCGAUUCCGUAGAUAAAGUUUGCAAACAAAAGAAAGACGCGGUUUGCGCGGUACGUCCAUUCAAUCAAGAUCGCACUUUCGUGAUCGAUGAAAACGUUGAAAAUAACAAUUUAAUACAAUCUUCCAACGACGAAAAUAACAAUAAACGCGAAAUCUCUGACAACCUUGAUCCAUCUACUUGCAUCGGUACCUGCCCUGAAGAGGAUCCUAUAUAUGCAGUCUUACUUCCAAAUGAGGAUUGUAAAAAGUUCUGUCUGUGCAGUAAUGGUAUAGCGUAUGUAAUGUCAUGUCCUGUACCACUUUAUUUCGAUUCCGUAGAUAAAGUUUGCAAACAAAAGAAAAACGCGGUUUGCGCGGUGCGCCCAUUCAGUCAAAGUCUCACUUUCAUGAUCAAUGGAAAAGUUGACGAAGACUAUAUGAUGCAAUUCAUAAAUGGGGAGAACAAUGACGAAUAUAAAACGUGA